UGAUUUUCCCGCUUCUUUUGAUUCUCUCGCGAGUAACUAGAUGUCACUUUAGAGACUUUUUGUUGUGUGAGUUUUGUUUUGAAAAGUGAAAAACGAGGUUAAUUAAUUUGUUUACCCGGUAAAUUGAUUAAAUUAUCAAAAUGACGAUCAGUAAAAACAACAAAAUGGUUCAAUUCAUCAACUACCGAAUGAGAGUAGUGAUGCAUGACUCACGGAAUUUAGUUGGACAUUUUAAAGCUUUUGACAAACAUAUGAAUGUUAUUUUAGCUGAUUGUGAGGAGUACCGUAAGAUUAGAGGUAAAGGAAAUCGUCCAGAUCGUGAAGAGAAAAGAGUCUUGGGAUUUAUUUUAGUAAGAGGAGAGACAAUUGUUUCGAUGACAGUUGAAGGGCCACCACCACCUGAGGAAGGUCUUCCUCGUGUUCCAGUUUUAGGUACUAUUCCUGGUCCAGGUUUUGGACGAGCAGUGGGCAGAGGAGUACCUACAUCUGCUGUUCCAAUUGCCACUGCUGCUCCUGGUUUACAAGGUCCAGUUAGAGGUGUCGGUGGACCCGCACCAUCAAUUAUGGCUCCACAAGCACGAGGAGUACCUCUUGCCGCCGCUGCUGCAGUCGGUGCACCAAGACCUGGUCCAAUUCCUGGUUUACCAUUAGGACCUUUAACAUCAGUCGCCCCCGGAAUUCCUGGUGCUCCAUUAGCCAUGGGCCGUGGAAUGCCACCCCCUCCAUUAGGAAUGAUGAGAGGUCCUCCCCCACCCGGUCCACCACCUCCAGGACCACCACUCGGUAAAUUGCCCCCUCGUCCAAUGUAAUACUUACAUUACAUCCUUUGAUAUCAACCAUUACAUUUCGAUAGUUCUGAUGGCCAUCAAUGUUUAAUUAUAAACAAUAAAGAAUCAAUAAAAUUUA